UGGCGUGAGUUUUGAAGAGAAGCGAAAAAGAGGGUGUGAAGACGAGAAAAUUUGACAAGUGCAAUCUAACGCAAUAUACCAUUGAGUAUACAAAAUGAGUGAGAGAGACAUCACAACAUUGAAUCGCCAGCUAUGGAGCGCUGUAAGGAGCAAGUCACGUGAUGAGGUUGAACGUCUGUUGAAUAUAGGAGCUGAAGUUAAUGCGUGUGAUGAAUAUGGAUGGACUGUACUGAUAAAAGCUUGUACUAAUGGCUCCAAGUCAUUAGUUGAGUUUUUGGUGUCUAGAGGGGCAGAUGUGAACAGAACUGAUGAAUGGGGUCAAACUGUUCUAAUGGAAGCAGCAUGUCGAGGUUAUGAUGAACUCAUUGAGAUUCUAUUAACAUCAAAAGCAAAUGUUAAACAGAAGGAUGAGUUUGGUUUGACUGCAUUUGAUUAUGCUAUGGUGAAUGGUCACAUGUCAACUGCUGGUCGGUUGGUGUUUGCAAGUAAAAGAGUUGAAGAUCUUACAGUUAAGACUCGUCCUCCCGUGUUCCAUUGGGCAUGUAAGAACAAGAGAGUUGAUGUUGCAAGUAAUAUUGUGGAACAUCACGGAACAGAAUGGAAGGACAAAAAUGGUCGUGAUGCAUUGGAUAUUGUGGCUGUUUAUGACAACAUGGACAUUGCCGACAUCAUCCUGAAGAGAAGACUGCCAGACGGCAAUGAUGUGGAAACGACUGUUUCUAUGUCAAUGGAAGAUGUUGCAGUGGAGACUCGAUGUGUCGUGUUACACUGGGCACACAAGAACAGUAGAGUGGAUGUGAUAAGAAAGAUUGUGGAGCAGGGAACAGAAGUGAAGGACAGAUUGGGACGAACAUUUCUUCACUAUGCUGCUGAUCAUGGCAACUGUGAUGUGGUUGAUGUUCUCUUGAGCAACAAUGCAGAUGUUGACGCUUCAGACAAGGAUGGGAGGACACCUUUCGACAUUGCUGUGAUAAGUGGUCACAAGUCAACAGCUGGUCAGUUGUUAUCAGUAAUGCAGUCAGUUGCAUUAGAGAAUGUGUGGAAGUUGCUGCAGUGGGCAUGUAGGAAUGACGUGGAUGUUGCAACAAAGAUUGCAGAGAAGUUUUGUCAAUCAGUGGAGAAGGAGUCUGGUCGCACUUUACUUCACUUUGCUGCUCAACUUGAUCAUCGUGAGGCAGUCGAGUGUCUGUUGGAGAAGAAGGCUGAUGCAGAUGCUAAAGAUAUGGAUGGGAGGACACCUUUCGACAUUGCUGUGAUAAGUGGUCACAAGUCAACAGCUGGUCAGUUGUUAUCAGUAAUGCAGUCAGUUGCAUUAGAGGAUGUGUGGAAGUUGCUGCAGUGGGCAUGUAGGAAUGAAGUGGAUGUUGCAACAAAGAUUGCAGAGAAGUUUUGUCAAUCAGUGGAGAAGGAGUCUGGUCGCACUUUACUUCACUUUGCUGCUCAACUUGAUCAUCGUGAGGCAGUCAAGUGUCUGUUGGAGAAGAAGGCUGAUGCAGAUGCUAAAGAUAAGGAUGGCAGGAGGCCGCACCAACUGACUGAUGGUGAACUGAGAAGACGACUGAGGAAAGCAAUAGAUGAACAGAAGUAUGCUGUUCUGUAUGCUGAGGGCACAGUGAGACCCGAAAUCAUGAAAUUGUGUUUCAUUGGUUCAGAAGGAGCAGGAAAGACGACACUCAUGGAGGCUCUCAAACGAGGAUGGUUAGAAUGGGCUUUCUUUGCAAAUGAGAACAAAGCAGAUGACCCAGAUUGUGAAGAGGAACGCACAAUUGGUAUCAACGUGAUGACAGUCGAUAUUCCAGGAGUGGGUCGCUUCUCACUGUGGGACUAUGCAGGUCAAAAGCAGUUCCACAAAACACACGGCCUAUUCUUUUCUUCAUCCAACUCGUUCUUCAUCCUGCUAGUGAGUCUAGCGAGAGGAAAGGAGAGACAACUAUGCAGUGCUGAGGAGUUGCUAGAAGAGCUUCAGUAUUGGCUCUCAUUUCUCAGAGCCAGUUUGGAUGCAGAGUUUAUACCCACAGUGUUGAUAGCUGCCAGUCGAAGAGACACUUAUGAUAAUUGUCAAGAUUUAUUGGAGUGUGUGGUCAUGCACCUUUAUGAAGUGUUUAAAGGCAAGAUCAACAUAAUUGCAGACUGUAUUAUUCUUGAUUGCAGAAAGAGUUCUUCUCCUCAAUUGAGACAUUUGAAGGAAAUUCUUCUUGAUUUCAAGCAGGAGUUUCAAAAGUCUGCUCCUCUGUAUCCUCGUCUUUGUCAGCCAGUCGUGUCCAAGUUGCUUCCUUCUCUUCGUAAGAAACAAGAAGAUCUGUUCAUGGGGAAGGCAACACUCAUGGAAAGUAUUGAGCAGGAAGCAUGUCCAGGACAAGAGAAGAAGGUUGUAGAGAAGGUAGUUGAUUUUCUGGAUGAUUCAGGAGAGAUUGCUGUUGUUGGUGAUGUGGCUGCUCUCAAUCCUGCCGGUCUGCAUCAUUAUGCCAUCGGUCCUCUCAUUGCUUCUGAGAAAUUCAAGUGGCACGUCAGGUCAAAGAGGAAGGAUGGCACAGUAACAAGAGAAGAAGCAGAAACGGCAAUCAAUCAUUUCCAAAAAGAUAAGAAGAUUCAAGUUCAACUCAACACAGAUAAAGUUCUCGCUCUAAAUGAAUCUCUUGGUUUCUGCUUUAAAGUGGAAGGCAGAGACAACACAUACAUGUUUCCAGCUCUUUUGCCUUCUAAGGAUCUGUCUGUCAUGUGGAAGAGAGACGAGAGUAAGAAAGUGUAUGUCGGUCGACGUCAAGUGUGCAGCAGUCAGACAACAAUCUUCAGUCCAUCUGCAUUUGGCAUUUUUCAAUCUAAAGUUUGCACUAAAUUAGAUAAAACAGCACUGCUGUGGAGGAAUGGACUGAUCACAUCACAAGGUGAUACAGUUUCUAAUCGUGUGGCAUGCUUGGUUGCUAUGGUGGAUCCUGUUCGUUCUGUCGAUUUUGUGUGUCGUGGAGGUAAGGCAACGCAAGCAGAAUGUGUUUCCCUGCUUGACACUGUCAUGUCUCUCUGGAGAGAUAUGUUAGACAGAUACAGUCCAGGCACUGAAUAUGAGACUGAAUAUUUGCACAGCAAGCAUUUAGAGGAACACAAAGAACUGAAACAAGUUGCUGCCUACUCAGAGGAGGAAAUCAAGGAAGCAAAGACAAAGAACAAAGGGCCACUUACUGUAGUAAAGAAAAUAAUUGGUGAUAAGCUAGUGGAAGAUAAUCUUGGUGACCUGCUGGUUAUUCUCCCUUCCAAACAAGCAACUCCACUUUCUCCCAGUCCAGUUGUGAAGGCUGUUAUUGAGUAUGGUGUAGACCAAUGGCAUUCAUUUGCAGAAAGAUUAGGUUUUAAUUUCUCUCAGAUUAAUGUCAUUUGUCAUGACAAGGUCUCUCUCGCUGACAAAUUGUCUGCAAUUAUUCAAGUGAAGACUGAGGAAGUUGGUGAUACGAAGAAGAUAGAUGAUCUGCUGUUGGAGGUGUGUGCACUGUUACCGGAUCCCAUUGAUGCAGCAGUCAAGAGAAGCUUGUCAUCUUCCCAAUAGAAUUGUAGCUCAUAAGUGUGACCGUUAUAUAAACAUUAUAGUUUCAUAAUUUCUGUGUUGGUGUGCAGAAUGUGAGGUGCCUGUAUCGACUAGCCAUCAUUGUGCCCUUUGUUUUACACAGAAAUUUUAUCAUUAUCAGACAUCAUGAUUAUUAUAUGCUUUAUAUGUAUUCACAGUAUAUUGAUACGAAUACAGAGUUUAGAUACAAUUGCCAAUAAGAACACUGAACAUUGUUAAUCCACCAAACAAUCAUUCAAUGUUAUUAAUUAAAGAUAUUCAUAGAUCAGCAGUCCAUAUACACAUGCAAAUUCAGUCUAU